AGAGUAAACUUCCUCACUGAGUUCCCUAUAGUUGUUGAGUUGCAAUGCUCUCAGAUGUAGCUCAAUAAAAAAUUGCUGUUCGCGUCAGAACAUAUUUUGUUGCAGUGCCGUUUGUGCCAAGAUUUUUUUGUGGCGAAAUCGUGAGAAAUAAGCUACCAAGAUGGCGAAGAAACUCGUUUUACCGGUCCCUGAUGAGACGGAGUUGGCGGAGAUGGCGGAGGCGGAACUGUCUCGCCUCCAAAGACAGUACCGCAUCAUGGAAACGGAGAGACAAACCUACUCCAUUACGUCCUCGGCUGUUAUAAAAAAGCAGAGGGAUAUGAUUGAAAAAUUAGAAAAGGAAAAACAUGAAAUACUUAUGAAUUUAGCUAUUGCAACAUCUACUGGAAAUGAACUGCGUGAUAUUAAACAAGAAAAGGCUAUUUCUCAUGAUCUCUCUGUUCAUUCACAUAUUGAUGCUGCAAUUAAACGAGAGAAGGGGCAGUUGAACGAGCUUGAUGUUCAGAUAUUUCGGCUUGAAAAAGAAGUGGUUAAAAUGCGUCUUAAAGAUGUAAGUGAUUUACAAAGUAAAGAACGUGCUAUUGAUGAUGAACGUUCAAUUUCCAAUCUGGAAAAUCGCCUCCAUGUGGCCAGUGUGAAAUACAAUGAUAUGAUCAAACAGAACACAAUUCUUCGAGAAGAAAUUGAUCAUCUUCUUAAAGAACGUUCCCAUUUCAAUGAACUUUACCAGAAAUUGAUAAAACACAUUAACAAAGGCAAGAAAGUUAUGAUGGAUCUAAUUGAGCAAGCUAGUCUUGCGUACGAUCAGAGAGAGGAAGCACAAAUAAAACUUCAAUGUUUGAGAGAAAAAGGAAGACAAGAUUAUCUUCAACAAAGUCAUGAAAUGAGAGAACUGCAGAGAAAACUUGAUCAUGACACUAAACUUCAGGAAUUCUUGAGUGUUAAAGGGCAGAAACGUGUAAUGGCAGAUUUAGAAGCAAGAGAAGCCCAGAAGAAGCGCCAGCAGCGUGAGGCAGCAGAAAGAAUGAUUUCCAAAUAUAAGAGUAUUUUGUACCAAAUCAGAGAGUUCAUGGGAGAAGAAGAUAUUGAUCGCAUUGCUGCAAAGUUUGUUAAACAAGAAGAAGAGAAUUUUGCCCUUUUCAAUUAUGUGAAUGAGCUUAACAAUGAGCUUCAAGUACUUCAAGACCAAGUGGAAGAUCUUCGAACACGUAUAGAUGAACAGCGUGUUCUUAACCAGGAACGAGAGCAACAACAGCAGCAGCGACUUGAAACUAUGCAAGAAGAAUUGGAAAAGUUGCGACAUGAAGCAGAUAAUGCACAGGAACAGCGCUUAGUUUCGAGUCGCUCCCUUGAAACUUUGUUGUGUGGAAUUGAACAAGUUUUCAAGAAAAUUAGAUGUGACAACUCACCAUUACUUCAACUUUUGGGUGAAAACACUCAUGUAAUGCCAUAUAAUGUAAUGUUAUAUCUCAAUAUUAUUGAGCGCCGGACUCAUGAGUUUCUCAGCACAAUAUUUUACCUUGAAAGUCAACGUGCACAACAGGGAAGAACUUUCUUACUUGUGGACCAGCCAAUGGCUGAUACACCUCCUGUUCCUUUGCAACUUAUGGCACCGACUCAACCAUGUGUCCUGUGUGUGGAGCAAGAAGAGUUCCAAGAAAUGAAUGAAAGUGCUGUAUCACCUGUCACUCUCCCUGAGGCCAAGCAACGUGUUGCUGACAAACUUACAAUUCCUGACUACUUGAGCUGCCUCCAUAAUAUAUCACAAUGCCGUCUACCACGUUCACGAAAGAUCAUGCAAAAACGAUACCUAUAGGACUCUAAAAGUGCAUUGAUUGCUUUUGUGAUGAAAUCAGUAUUGUAUUUUAUACCUAUUAUAUAAAUGAACUGGUUUCUCCUAUUUUAUGUAGAGCUUUUACUUUUAUCUUUUGUACUGUUUUGAUGUGAUUUGUAGAAAAUUUACCAACAAAAUGUACAGUAUAUUACUAAAAUGGAAUUAAAUAAACAUAAAAUUUUCACUGCUUGAUGAAAAAUAAUGAACAUUUAUAUUUUCAUGCUGUUUAUUUUAUUAAGAGUAUUAUUUAUUGAAUAUAAUUUUAAAAUAAAAAAUUAUAUUUGGGGGUUAAGGUUUUGCUAUUUUCCUUUCUUUUUUUAUUCUUUCUUU